UGAAAUUCUGAAAUAAUAAUCACACAAAUAAAAAGUCAUACGAUCACGAGUGAUUAACAUUCACGGCGCGGCUUACGAGUUUACUUACUUCGGUGUCCCUUGUCCGUGUGCCUGUAGCAUUUAAAUCAAAAUAUCGGACUUAGUAUUAAGUUUUGAAAUUAAUUCUUUUCUUGUACUCAAUUUAACCAACCAUGGCCGAAGCAAUGAGACAAACGGUUGCGUCGCUUUUGCAGGGCAUUGAAAGAUACAAUCCCCAACAUUUAUCUACACUUGAACACUACGUGGAAGUACAGUCCCAAGAGAACACAUACGAUCUGGAAGCAAACCUUGCAGUUCUCAAAAUAUAUCAAUUUCAUCACGAUUAUAAUUUGGAUAUCACUGUUCAGAUCAUGCUGAAGGCAAUCACCAACUUUCCUCAUUCUGAUUUUGUGUUGUGCAAAUGCCUGUUGAAUGAAAAAUUGUGUCAAGAAGCUCCAUUAAGUCAAGUAUUGUUCUUGGCUGAUCUAUUGGAAAAUUGCAACUUCAAAGAAUUUUGGUAUAAUGUUCAUUCCACUCCUGAACUGUAUGCUAAAGUCAAUGGAUUUUUAGAUUCUGUUCGCAAGUUUGUGUGUCAUGUGAUUGGUAUAACAUUUCAGUCUAUUGAAAAACAUAAUCUUAUGGAAUUAUUGGGAGGUAUUGAUGAUGCUGCUCUAAAACACUGGAUUCUAAAGUACAAUUGGAAGGAAUUAGAUAACAAAUACAUAUUUGUAGCUAAUCAAGAUGAAAAUAUCAAAACAAAAAAUAUUACUGAGAAAAUUGAUUAUGAAAAUAUUUUGGGUGUUAUGGCAAGUUGUCGUUAAGUUCUAAAUGUCGUAAAGUCAAAAUACAUUUUUAUACCAAUACUUAAAACAUAUGUUUAUUAAUAAUAAAUAAUUUAAAGGAUUGGAUUAUAUUAUA